AUGACUGCAGCAAUUUUCAAAGAUUGGCCGAUCAAUUGGGAUAAAGUGCUCAAUCGGAACAUUUUAUUACUCAUUGAUAAUUGUCUAGCUCAUAUCAUUGACUGCAUAAACUUAAGACACAUAAAAGUUAUUUUCUUGCCAGCAAAUACUACUUCGAUCAUUCAACUAUGUGACCAAGGUAUCAUACGCACCUUCAAAGCUUAUUACAGAUCAGCAAUAAGGGGAAAAGUUCUAGCAGUGAAUAAUAAUGGUCUACACGAUACAUCUCGUUCCUUACAAGCUAACGAUAUAGCAAAAAAAAUAACCAUUCUUGAUGCUAUUCAUCUAGCAAAAGAAGCAUGGAAUAAAGUAAGUGUGGAGACAAUUCGAAAUUGUUUUCGUCACGGUGGAUUCAAAACAGAUGACAAAACAGACGACGAACACGAACAUAGUUUGCCUGUAUUGUAG